CAUUGACCCGGAAGUUAUUUAGGUAACCUUGGGAAUUCUUCCGGGAUUUCUUUUAUCAACAUGGCUGCUUCGUAAAGCAACUUGUAUGUUUCCGUUAACUACAUGCACGCAUUUUAUUGAUAGUUGUAGGUAAAUAUUUGCACUUAAACUAUUAGAGUAAGCAGUCGAUUGUCAGUCAGUAUGUUUCAAGUUAUUACCAGAAGUACCCCGGUAAUCCGGCUUCUCGCCCCCCGUGGAGCCGUGCUUGUGGAGGCUGUCCGGGGUAGGAAGACCCGCACCGAUCCGAAGGCCAAAUCCAAAGAGGGGCGCAUCAAAACGCCACCUCCCGUCGACCCGGUGGAGAUGGUGGUCCUCAGGGAGAGAUUCACAGAAUAUGACCUGAUCAUGAGAGCGCUGAGGCUGGAGUUCAAGGAGGAGAUGCUGAGGAAGAGGUAUGAAGAGGAGGUGGGCUCCCUGGCGGAGGAGAGGGCGAAGCAGGAGGCGGAGGAGCACCGCUCCCUCAUGACCUGGAACCAGGAGGAGAAUCUCCGCAUGCUCAAGAUCAGGGAACUGAGAGUUCAGAAAGAGGUGGAAGCUGCUGAGAUCAAGAAGACAGAGGCAGCCAUUCUGCGAGAGCAGGCCAUGGAAAGCUUUGUUAAAGAGAAGGGAGAGGAGAUAAUGCGGAUUCAGGAGGAGGCCAAGAGCUUCAUCAACCUGGAGAACCUGGACCAGCGUAUUGAGGAAGCCCUGGACAACCCUAAGAACUAUAACUUUGCCAUCGACAAAGAUGGCCGCGUGGUGAAGAGGACUGUGCUGCAGUGAGAGAGACUGAGGAUGGCUGGAAGUGUAGAGUGAAGUUGCCCCUAGACUCUGAUCUGGAUUCAGUUUAUCCUUUCCCCCACUAUGGCUCAGGUUAGGAUUGUGGGAAUGGAAGCUGAUUCUGGAUCUAGACCUAAGGAAACUUCACCUCAGAGCCUUUGGAAGCUGAUUCUGGAUCUAGACCUAAGGGAAACUUCACCUCGGAGCCUUGGCUAGAGGCCUCAGAGGAGACUGGCAAGAUAGUGAGCUCGUUUGACAUUGUAUGCGGGUCACGACUGACUGAUCUACAAAUCACCUUGCAUCAUAAAUAACUACUCAUUAUUAUUUGUAGAUCAGUCAGUCCGUCACAAUGCUCUGGAACACGGGCAGCGUGGCCUUUUCUCAUUCCUCCACCCUCUCCUCCUGACCCGGAAACCAUUAAGAAAGUCAAUAUAUAUAAAAAAUAUUUAAAAAAUAAAAAGAGUUCUUAACCGGGCGUGUUUUUUUUUACCCUCGCAGGUGUCGUCUCCUUCAGACAUGAGCUCGUCGUCAGAGCAGAUGUUGAGCACGUUAACCAGCAUCUCUAUCGAUUCGUUAGUAGGCAAACAGAAGAGGCCUCCUCCCCUCCUCGAUAAGCCACUUUUCAUUGAUUAUAGGCAUGUGUAUCCUACCGGAGUCCUUCACUGAACAGUUGUGAUAUCUGCCCACUUGGAAACAGCUGUUGUUUUGUCAGCGGAGAAAAGCAUGAACACGUCUAAAAACAAUAGGCUCCUUUAUCUAGAACAUGUCUUGCCAUGAGCUGGUUAGCUGGGGUGUAGUCAUUUGUCCAAGCCCUAGCAAAUUGUGGCGUUUAUGUUAGUAAUGGGGGGGGGGGGGGGGGGUGGAAUCGAUAGUUACGUAUCGCAAUGUUAUUUUUUUGAUGAUAUUACACAGUCUACAAAACAUUAGGAACACCUGCUCUUUCCAUGACGUAGACUGACCAUGUGAAUCCAGGUGAAAGCUAUGAUCCCUAAUUGUCACUUGUUAAAUCCACUUCAAUCAGUGUAGAUGAAGGGGAGGAGACGGGUUAAAGUAAACAUUUUAAGCCUUGAGACACUUGAGACAUGGAUUGGAGUCAACAUGGACCAGCAUCCCUGUGGAACGCUUUCGACACCUUGUAGAGUCCAUGCCCCGGCGAAUUGAGGCUGCUCUGAGGGCAACUCAAUAUGAGGAAGGUGUUCUUAAUGUUUUGUACACUCGCUGUAUAGCGUUACUGUAAAAGGAGACCGCCUGUACCUCAGAUCUCCAGUACUGUUCAUCCUGUAGCUCCAUCUUUAUUUCCAAUUUAUUAAAAAACGUGUUUUCUAAUGUUCUCUCUUGCCUCUGCAGCAGACAUACAGUGACCAAUAUGUUUGGCAAGGUCCCUCACUGUGGUGAUAAUAUCGUAUCGUAAGGCCCCUGACACUUCACAAACAUAGUUUCUAUUAGACAAAUUCAGGUCCCUGCUUCCAUUUCAUUCUGUUUGGUUCCUAGAGAAUACAGCCAUGAUUUGUUCAA